UCUGAACGCAAAAAGAAAAUCGCACACCCAGAUUAUGUCCAUCCAAACAGCGUUCCUGCCUCCCUCUCUUUCUCCGUAGGUGUUUGUUCUCAUAUCCUAGAAUUCGUGCAGUUAUUGCGAUUUCCAGGAAGUUAUUCCUCUAUGGAACCGUCUGAAAGCCGGUUGCAAUGAUAUCUGUAAUGAACAACGAUUGUGAUUUUGAGAGGAAGAUAUCGGAUGCGGUUGAAGAAGGUAGGGUUCCGGGGGAUGGUGUCGAUAGCGUUGAUGAAGUUAGGGUUUCAUCAUUGGGGCUGGAUUCAAGAGCUCCAGAGAGUGAAGGAGACCGUAGGGUCUUGGGUAACGAAAGAUCUGAGGAUGCUAGGGUUAGAGCUAGGGUUUCUGAGGAUAGUGAUGGUGUAGAUAAGGAAAUGGGAGUUAGAGUUUUUGAACCAAAAGAUGGGGACUCUACUGUUGUUCGUUUUGACCCGCAGGAUGAUGAGUUUGAUGGUAACGAUGAUGCGUCUGAUUCUGAAACUGGUGUAUCUGGUAGUGUUGAUAGUCAGGGAGACAUGUAUAAGUCUUUGUUGUCAGAGUUUGAUGAUUAUGUAGCAAGUGAGAAAAAUGGAUCGACGCUGGGUACUUCCCGGGCAUUGAAGUAUGGAUUGGAAGUGGGUGAUAUGGUGUGGGGCAAGGUGAAAUCACACCCGUGGUGGCCAGGGCAUAUAUUCAAUGAGGCAUUUGCAUCACCUUCCGUCCGUCGGACAAGGAGAAAUGGUCAUGUGCUGGUGGCCUUCUUUGGGGAUAGUAGUUAUGGUUGGUUUGACCCAUCCGAGCUUAUCCCUUUUGACCGCAAUUUUGCAGAGAAAUCCCAGCAAACUACAGCGAGGAAUUUCGUUAAGGCUGUGGAGGAAGCAAUGGAUGAGGCUAGUAGGAGGCGUGGCCUUGGCUUGGCUUGUAGAUGUAGGAACCCAUAUAACUUUCGGCCCACUAAUGUGAAAGGUUAUUUUGCGGUGGAUGUUCCAGAUUAUGAACCUAAUGUGAUAUAUUCAGUGAAUCAGAUUAGCAAGGCAAGAGAUGGUUUUCAGCCAAGUGCCAUUCUUUCGUUUUUGAAACAAUUGGCAUUGGCACCUCGAGAUAGUGAGGAGACAAGUCUUGAAUUUGUAAACAAUAAGGCUACGGUGUCUUGCUUGCGCAAGGCUGUGUUUGAGGAGUUUGAUGAGACAUACGCACAGGCAUUUGGAGUGCAACCGACACCCCAAUCUCGUGAAAAUGUUGUUGUGCCAGAUAGGGAGCCUCCCCGAGCUCCUUUAAGUGGUCCACUAGUGAUCGCAGAAACACUAAGUGGUGGCAAGAGCUCCAAAAAGUCUUUGAAAGUCAAGGACCAUUCUAAAAAAGACAGGUACCUCUUCAAGAGGAGAGAUGAACCAAGUGACUCAGCAGCCAUUCUAGUGAGCCCAGGGCAAAUGAGCUUGCUGGCUCCAUCUGCUGCUUGCAUGGAGGGAUCCUUAGCACCAGAAGCAGGAGAUUAUGUGUUACAGAAGAGGGCAGCUUCAGCACCUCAUCUUAUGGCAAAAGAUGAGCAAUCCGAUUUGUUAUCAGGCAGGGAUGGUGCAGUUUUAAGAGGAGAUUUGUAUGGUAAAGGUGUGCAAAAUAUUAAUCUUGCUCCAAUUCAUAGCAGUGCACUUGCUAGCCAAGUUGCUGAUGAUGUGAAGCCGUCUCUUCAGAAGGAGAGGGUUCUUAAUCAAGCAAUGAGAGAAAGCAGCAAAGGUUUUACUGGUUUUUUUGGGAAGGAAGUGUUGCCAGGUUUAUUUGAUGGUACAUCACCAUCUUUUCGGCAAGAUGAGAUUAUGCCUGACCUCAAAUAUGAGCAGGAUGUGAAAGCAUCCCGAUUAAAUGAAGGCUUUCAGUCAAGUGGGUUGAGAUUUUCAGCAAGACCAGAAGGAAAUAUGGGAUCUGUUCAGAUUCAGGAUGAUUGCACUGGUGUGCGUCCUUUAUCGACUGAUGCAAAGCAUUCUGGUAAAAUAAAUGAUAAUGUUAAGAUGAAAAAGCCCAAAAUUCUUAAACGGCCAUUGGGAGAGUUGGGCACUGACAACUCUACUAUGGGGGAGAAAAAAAUGAAGAAAAAGAAAGUUUUUGGCUCAGAAACAGUCCCUCAUCGUCCGCUGAAGCAUAUGACCUCUGGCACAGGUGCUGGGGGCAAUUUAGCAGGAAAAUCCAGCCAUGUUAGCAUGGUUCGUAAGGGGGAUUCUCAGGUGAACCUACAGAGGAAAGAUGGCAGCGCCACUAGUUCCUUGCUUAAUUCUGUUGGUGCAUCUCCAAUGGCUGGUUUAGGAAAUAAUGAGCUCAAGCUUCCACAACUUCUCAAGGAUUUGCGUGGCCUUGCUCUUAAUCCCUUUCAUGGGUCGGAGAGGAAUAGCCCUCGAACGAUACAACAAUUUUUUUUGCGAUUUCGGUCCCUUUAUUACCAGAAAAGCUCAGUUCUGUCACCACCAACAGAGAAUGAACCUCUUGAGUUGCGUGCAACAAAAUCUUUCCCUGGUGUUGGUGUUUCUGGCAUUUCUCCUGGUGAGAAUACUCGAAAGUUAUUACCUUCAAAGCCUGUGAAACCCAAUAAUAGACCUGAGGAUCCAACGAAAGCUGGGCGAAAGCGUCUUCCAUCUGAUCGUCAAGAAGAGAUUGCAGCAAAGAGACUGAAGAAGAUCAAUCAUUUGAAAGCAUUGGCUGCAGAGAAGAAGACUGCUCAGAGGCCUGCAGAAGUCCAUCAAUCAGAGGGAAAAGAGCAAGUGACCAUGGCCCCAACAAGGCCUAUCAAAGCGAACACUACCAUAAGGAAAAUGGUGCCUCCAGCUAGACCUGUUGAGCCUACAAUGUUGGUGAUGAAAUUCCCUCCUGAGACAUCACUUCCAUCUCCUGCAGAGCUUAAGGCAAGGUUUGGUCGUUUUGGCUCAAUAGAUCAGGAUGCUAUGCGAGUGUUUUGGAGAUCCUUCACUUGUCGUGUCGUGUUCCGGCAUAAGCUUGAUGCUCAAGCUGCAUAUAAAUAUGCUGUUGCAAACAAGUCCUUAUUUGGCAAUGUGAAUGUGAGGUACCAACUUCGGGAAGUGGGAGGUUCUGCUCCUGAAGGAUCCGGAGCUGACAAGGGCAGAGGUGAUGAUACUCCAAUGGAUACUUCGCGAUACAAAGAUCCAAUGACCGAGAGACCUACACCAGCACUUGCGCAGCCGCCUAUUCCACAGUCAAGUAUCCAGCUCAAGUCCUGUUUGAAGAGAUCAAAUGGGGAUGAAGCAAGCCAGGUAACGGGUGGUAAUGGUAAUGGUGGUAGAAGGACUCCCCGUGUAAAAUUCAUGUUGGGUGGGAAAGAAACUAGUAUGCUUGCUAAUAGAAACAACAAUACUAGUUUUGCCGAUGCUGGUGCUUCUGGUUCAAUGGAUUUUAAUAGUAAGAACAACAUUCAUAUGGCCAUUCCUUCUUCUACAUCAUCAUCCAUCCUUCCCCUUCCUCCACAAUUUGCAAAAGCCCCUCCUAAUGAGUUGCAUCGUACUUCCCACAAUCUUAAUACUUCACCUGCUGUUGCUGCUGCCGCCUCUGCCGCAGCCGGCAUAGAUAUCUCACAACAGAUGCUAAGCCUUAUGACAAGAUGCAGUGAUGUUGUUAACAGUCUGACGGGCCUGCUAGGAUAUGUCCCAUACCAUCCCCUAUGAUGGAUCCUUCACAAGAAAAUUACAGCAAAACUCGUGUUUAACAGCUGCCCAAAUGCUCUGGAAUGGAAGGAAGUGGACUUCAAUGAGAGGCCAGUCAUCAAUAACUUCAUGUGUAGACCAAAUGUACUGGACGUUAUUCUCGUCUUUUAUUUCCCUUCUUUUGUCUGUUUGUUGAUGACCCUUUUGGAUGGCUUGGGCCCUGCUGCCCACUCCUCUACAUUGUGAUUUGAUAUAUUUGGCUGUUCUAUUAUGUUUUAGUACUGAAUUGUGAGGGUGGUUAUUUUAUUUACUUUA